AUGAGUGACGACGCACUUUUCGAUGUUUUCGAUCAAGAUGAACCGGCUGCUAUUGUUGAACUACCACAGCAGAUUGAACCCGUAGUAACAACAACAACGACGACGGCGACGACGACUACAGUCAUAAAAACGGAAGCUGUUGUUGAUGUUGAAAAGCCUUCGAAUGAUAAGCGUUCAUGGGAAGAAGAAGAUGAUCAAACAGACGCAAAUUCGAAACGUACUCGAACUGAAUUAUUGACUGAAACUGGAACCGGAAGUUUUUUUGAAAAUGUUCCGCGAAUGCAAAUUCAUACUGUUGAAACAUUUGAAUCAUGCUUACAUGAGGUUGUUUUACCGCCAAAUUUUGAAUAUGUUCCACUGAAAGCGCCAGUUGGUCCGCCAGCAAAAGAAUAUCGAUUUAAUCUCGACCCAUUUCAACGUGAAGCUAUAACAUGUUUACAAAACAAUCAAUCAGUACUUGUUUCAGCUCAUACAUCAGCUGGAAAAACAGUAGUAGCUGAAUAUGCUGUUGCUAUGGCAUUACGUGAUAAACAACGUGUUAUUUAUACAACACCAAUAAAAGCUUUGAGUAAUCAAAAAUAUCGUGAAUUACAUGAAGAAUUUCAUGAUGUUGGCCUUAUGACUGGAGAUGUUACUCUUAAUCCAUCUGCAUCAUGUCUUAUUAUGACAACAGAAAUUCUUCGGUCUAUGCUUUAUCGAGGUUCGGAAAUCACCCGCGAAGUCGCUUGGGUUAUAUUUGAUGAAAUACAUUAUCUUCGAGAUAAAGAACGUGGUGUUAUAUGGGAAGAAACAAUUAUUUUACUACCGGAUAAUGUUCAUUAUGUAUUUCUAUCAGCUACGAUUCCAAAUGCAAAACAAUUUGCUGAAUGGAUUUCAUUUCUUCACAAUCAGCCUUGCCAUGUUGUAUAUACUGAUGUUCGACCUGUUCCACUUCAUCAUUACAUUUAUCCAGCCGGUGCUGAUGGUCUUCAUUUAGUUGUUGAUGAAACGGGUAAAUUUCGUGAGGAUAAUUUCAGUUCAGCUAUGGCAACAUUACGUGAUGCUGGUGAUGCAGCAAAGGGCGACAAACGAGGACGACGUGGUGGUUUUAAAUCUGAAACUAAUGUAUUUAAAAUUGUCAAAAUGAUCAUGGAACGAAAUUUAGCACCCAUUAUUGUUUUUAGUUUUAGUAAAAAAGAUUGUGAAACAUAUGCUUGUGCAAUAGCAAAACUUGAUUUUAAUUCCGAGGACGAAAAACGUCUUGUUGAAGAAGUAUUCAGUAAUGCCAUUGAUCUUUUAUCCGAUGAAGAUAAAAAACUACCACAAAUCAAUACAGUAUUACCAUUACUUAAAAAAGGUGUCGGCAUACAUCAUUCAGGUUUAUUACCAAUAAUCAAAGAAACAAUUGAGAUACUUUUCGGCGAAGGUCUGAUUAAAGCUUUAUUUGCAACAGAAACAUUUAGCAUGGGUUUAAAUAUGCCGGCUCGGACUGUGCUUUUUACAACUGCUAGAAAAUUCGAUGGCAAAGAAUUACGUUGGAUAACAUCCGGUGAAUAUAUUCAAAUGAGUGGCCGAGCUGGACGUCGUGGUAAAGAUGAACGUGGCAUUGUUGUCUUGGUUAUUGAUGAAAGAAUGAGUCCAUCAACAGCGAAAGAAAUUGUUAAGGGAAAAGCUGAUCCAUUGAAUAGCGCAUUCAAAUUGACAUAUAAUAUGGUGCUAAAUUUAUUACGUGUCGAAGGUAUUAAUCCAGAAUUUAUGCUUGAAAGAUCAUUUUAUCAAUUUCAACAUUUUUCAUCCAUACCUGCACUCUACGACAAAUUGAAAAGUUGUGAACAACAAUAUGAAUCAAUAAAAAUUGAAAACGAAGAAGAAGUUGCGAGAUAUUACAAAUUACGAAAGAAACUUGAACUUGUUCAAGAUCAAAUUGCAGUCAUGAUGAAUGAACCAAAAUAUUUAUUACCAUUUCUACAACCCGGUCGGCUUGUUACAGUCAAAUCUGGUGAUCUGAAUUUUGAUUGGUGUGUUGUACUUAAUUUUCAUAAAAAACCUGGCGAAAAACCAAUCUAUAUCAUCGAUGUUUUAGCGCAUUUAACGCUUGAAAGUGCUGCACAAAAAUUAACAGUUGAAAUUCAACCAUGUCCUUUAUCGGAAAGAGGUGAACUGAAAGCCAUUCCAAUUCAACAUAUUUUAAUACGAGAAAUCAGCGCAGUACGAGUUUAUCUCCCUGAUGAUUUACGAACAAAAGAAGCUCGACAAGGUAUAUUGAAAGCAGUUCAAGAUAUAAUACGGCGUCAUCCAUGUGGCCUACCAUUACUUGAUCCUGUAAGAGAUAUGGGCAUAAAAUCCAAUGAUAUGACAUCCUAUAUAAAACAAUAUUCGAUAUUGCAAACACGUAUUGAUGAGCAUCCAUUAACAAAAAGUCCUCAAUUGAAAACUAUUUACGAGCAAUAUGAACGUAAAGCAAAUAUUGAAAAACAAGUGAUCGAUGCAAAAAAUGAAUUGAAAAAGGCACAAUCGUUAUUACAAAUUGGAGAUUUAAAACGACAUAAACGUGUUUUACGUCGUCUAGGUUAUUGUAAUUCAGCUGAUGUUAUUGAUUUAAAAGGACGUGUUGCGUGUGAAAUCGAUACUGGCGAUGAGCUUGUUACAACUGAACUUUUAUUUAAUGGCGUUUUCAAUGAUUUAACUGUCAGUCAAGCAUGUGCAUUGCUUAGUUGUUUUGUUUUUCAAGAAAAAGCAAAUGAAAUGCCAAAAUUACUGCCAGAGUUGUCAGUACCAUUACAUCUUCUACAAGAAACAGCUCGUCGCGUAGCACGAGUAUCGAUUGAAAGUAAAAUCGAGAUGGACGAAGAACGUUAUGUUGAUGGUUUUAAACCAUUCAUGAUGGAUGUUGUUAAAGCGUGGGUCGACGGACAAAGCUUUGCUAAUAUUUGUAAAAUGACAACAAUAUUCGAAGGAUCUAUUGUACGUUGUAUGCGAAGACUUGAAGAGCUUCUUCGACAAAUGUGCUGUGCAGCUAAAGCAAUUGGUAAUAGCGAACUCGAAGCAAAAUUUACUGAAGGUACACAAAAGAUCAAACGUGAUAUUGUUUUUGCAGCUUCAUUAUAUCUAUAA